GCAGCUCCGAUCGCGUGUAUAAAUCCUUCUUCCCCACGCCGGCGCAGCAAUCUAGUUGGAUCAUCUGCCGUUCGUGUCAGGUCAGGCGACCACCGACUACGCACGCAGGCAGGGCGUGUCUGCUAGCGCGUGCGUCUAUGAACCACGGCAUCCACGGCCGGAGGCAUCCGUUCUCUGAGGCGGCGAUGGAGCACGACGUCCCGCACGGUGGCGGCGGCGCGGGCGAAGCGUUGGAGGCGGCGGCGGCGCCGGAGCCGGAGCUGGAGCAGGAGGAGCUCAGCGACUCGGAGUCGGGCGCCGAGUCCAUCGAGGUCUCCGACCUCAAGCGCCGCAUGUGGAAGGACCAGAUGCUGCUCAACAAGCUGGAGGGCCGCGCGGGCGCCUUCCGGGCCGCCGCCGGGGCGGGGCCGUCCAGGCCGCUCGCGCCGCCGGGCGCGGGCGGGCUGCUGGGGGAGGAGGAGCCCCCCGAGGUGCGGUGCCGCCGCAAGGCGAUGCUCCGGGCGCAGGACGGCGUCCUCCGCCACAUGCUCAAGAUGAUGGAGGCCUGCAACGCGCGCGGGUUCGUGUACGGCGUCAUCGACGAGGCCGGCGAGCCCAUGUCCGGCUCCUCCGACAGCCUCCGCGGCUGGUGGAAGGACAACGUCAGCUUCGACCGCGCCGGGCCCAUGGCGCUCACGGGCCCCGCCGGCGAGAGCCCGCGGGGGAUCGCGUCCUGCCUCCACAUGCUCCAGGACAUCCAGGACAGCACACUCGGCUCCGUGCUCUCCGCGCUCAUCCAGCACUGCGAGCCCCCGCAGCGGAGCUUCCCGCUGGAGCGCGGCCUGGCGCCGCCCUGGUGGCCGACGGGGCACGAGGCCUGGUGGGGCUCCCAGGGCGAGGUCCAGGCGCACCAAGGCGUGCCACCGUACCGGAAGCCGCACGACCUCAAGAAGGCCUGGAAGAUCAGCUUGCUCAGCGCGGUGAUCAAGCACAUGAGCCCGCGCUUCGAUCAGAUGCGCAAGCUCGUGUGGCAGUCCAAGCGCCUGCAGCAGAAGAUGAGCGCCAAGGAGACGGAGACGUGGUCCAAGAUCCUGAGGCAGGAGGAGGUGCUCAGCCGCCGCUUCAAGAGCUCGCUGCAGAUCACGCCCCUCGACGACGAGGAGGAGGGGGACGGGGACGGGGACGACGACGGCGACGGCCUGGAGGGCGUGGGCGGCCGUGCGCACGACAAGCGCAAGCGGGAGCUGAUCAGCACAAGACACAACAGCGGGAGCACCAGCAGAUGGGGAGGGAGCGGGGAGCUGGCCGUCGUGCUGCCGGAGCUGGCCGGCCUGCUGGCGGAUGAGAGCCUGAGCCCGAUCGACGAGCUGGCGAAGCUGUUCUACAGCCACGCGCCUGCUGAUCAGGGCGGCGGCCACCUGGAGAACGGCGCCGCCGCGAUGCUGCCUCCCGGGGAGCUGGACCUGUGUGGUAUCGACGCCGUGCCGCCGGACGUGCUGUUCGACCUGAUCGGGAGCUGCUCGGGGCUGGAAGACGUGUUCCGCCUGAUGGAGGAGGACUGAAUUGCCGCGGUGGCCCGCGCGUCGCCACGCGAUAGGCCCGGUUGGGCGGGAAGGAAUGAGGUGGCUCGUUGCUGAUGGUUGGGUGUUAGCUAGUCAAACUAGUACGAAUGUUGGAGGUGCUUGUUUUCUGUGAGCUCAUCGCCAUGGGGAGGGAAUUGUGACUGAGCGAGUCUGUAACGCGUGGCCUGAAUAUAGAGAUUUGGACUGGAUGAAGAAGGUAGCGUGAGAAUGAGAUGAUGCGUGGUAACAUCGACGGGGGUAAACUCAUGACGAACACAUUUUUAUUCGAAAUCA